AUGAAUUGCCCUUCCCGUACAGACGAGGACCUAGUCCACCCGGACUGGAACCAGAAUCCUCCCUUUUUACCCUCUGACUUGACUAAGAGAGAAGACCUCAAUGGCCGUGUCAACGAUAGGCAGCAUCGGGGCGGGCGAGACUUGUCGUCUUCGUCUCUUGCCUGUCCUGGGGGAGCGUUUGAGUCGAGUGAGGUGACUGUUGACACCAUGCCGUCACCAGCCAACUCCCCCUUGGCAGAUGCAAAACUCGCUCGUUAUCGAGAAGAAUUUUGCUCUGCUACCAAGGACGCUCCGUCUAAUGUCCAUGGCUCACCUGCCUGGACCAAUCCUAUUAAGCGGUGGUUCAUACUCUACCAAAGCCAUCUUUGGUGGAUGAUGGCUACCGUUACUACUACGCUUGUAGUGUAUCGCAUUGCGGCCGUCUUUCGAACUCCAGCUUCGAAACUGCCUAGGCACAAGGCGAAAAGAAGCUCGACUUGCGAAAGCGGCGGUGUAGAUGGUGCAGAGUAUAACUUACCCUUGCACGUUAUCGCCCUUUUCAUCAUCUUCUUCAUAUCCUCGUUUGCCUGCGGCUUUCCCAUGCUGGCCCUCAAGUUUCCACGACUGCACAUCCCGCAGUCUUUCUUAUUCGCUGUCAGGCACUUUGGAACCGGCGUUUUGAUUGCCACAGCAUUUGUCCAUUUGCUGCCCACGGCUUUCACUUCGCUUGGAAAUCCGUGCCUGUCUGGUUUCUGGACGACCGACUACCCUGCUAUGCCUGGUGCUAUCGCGCUUGCUGCUGUGUUCUUUGUCACAGUUAUAGAAAUGGUGUUCAGCCCUGCUCAGCAUGUAUGUAGCGGCGGCAGGGAUGUAGAAAGAAUCGUCUGUCGUGAGAUGCCAUCAAGUACUUCAAAACCCGCUGGCGAUGACUCAAAAAUCAUGAAUACCCCGGAUGAACUAUCUCGAAGCGUCAGUCGUCACGAAGAGGAACCCCGGGUAGUAACAGAGGCAGGGGCAGGGCGCCAGCUAAGCCAGUCGCCCUCACAGCGUGCAGCUGAUGCUGAAGAAGGAGCUAGCAGCGCUUUUCUCCCAAUCAUCCUAAGCCCAGAACAAAAGCGCCAAAAGGCGUUCAUGCAAUGUAUUCUUCUUGAGAUCGGAAUCUUGUUCCACAGCGUCUUUAUUGGAAUGGCAUUAAGCGUUUCUACUGGGAGCACAUUCAUCGUCCUCCUGAUUGCAAUUGCCUUUCAUCAAAGUUUCGAGGGGCUGGCUCUCGGUUCUCGCAUUGCCGCUCUGGAUUGGGAACAGGGUGCUAUUCAACCCUGGCUCAUGGCUAUGGCCUAUGGCUGCACGACCCCAAUCGGUCAAGCUAUUGGUUUGGCUACCCAUACAUUGUACUCCCCUGACUCUGAAGUUGGCCUGAUCAUGGUUGGCACUAUGAAUGCCAUAUCUUCAGGGCUUCUCGUAUAUGCUUCCCUGAUUGAGCUCUUAGCCGAGGAUUUCCUCAGCGAUGAGAGCUGGCGUAUCCUUCGCGGAAAACGCCGUGUGUAUGCUUGCAUUCUUGUAUUCCUUGGUGCGUUCGGUAUGAGUUUGGUCGGAGCUUGGGCCUAA